GUAGUUGGCAAUGGCCUCUUCAAAGGAAAUGCAGCAGACCACAAGGCCAUUGACCCAACACCGUCCCUCCCUCUCGACUGCCCCCUCUUCCGGACUUACCACACGACAAUCCCACUCGCGGACCAACUCCCACUCCAUUCUCGGCGGCGCUCUCAAUGCCAACCACCGCGUCACCCGCCGCAAGUCCAUGACCAACACGGCCGCGAACGCAGCCGCCAUGGCAGCCGCAAUCAAGGAAAUCGGCGGUGACAAUGUCACGCCUAUAGCCGUCAGCUCUCGCCGUAACACGGCGUCAAAGAGCGCUGCCGCCCGCGCCGCAAUCGUUGGAAGCCUGCCUUCCCCUCCGGCGAGUCUGCCGACCCAGAAGUUCCAUUUGGACGGGAAGACAGACAUCCACGAGAGCGCCAUUGAAGACGAUCCGAACAACGGGUCGGCGGACGAAGGCGAGAACAAUGCUCAGAAGGCUCGCAUCCGUCGCGCUAGCGACGGACAGCCCCUCAUCAAGGAGGGCAGCCGGAAGUUCAAUCGCGUUGAGCUUAAGUGCGAGACGUGCGGAAAGGGUUACAAGCACAGCAGUUGCCUGACCAAGCAUUUGUGGGAACACACUCCCGAGUGGUCAUUGACGUCCAAGCUGCUUAUCUCCAAGCACCAACAAGUCCAGCUCUUGGAAGCUGCCUCGGUCCUGUUGACAAUGAACCAUGGCAAGGAGGAUGCGGACGUGACCACACCUCCGGAUUCUGCCAAGGACUUCCCCAGUGACCAAGAAGAGUCGGCUUCUCCUGCUGCCUCUGGAUACUCGGAUGAGAGACACAGCUCUGCCGACACCACCCCGCCGCCCCAAUUGGAAGGUUUCGCGUCGUCGGAUCGUGCGUUCUCGAAGCGGUUCGGGUCUGGAAGCGGAUUCGGUCGUUCAUAUCAAUCGGCGGUGUCCACCAAUCCUCUUGUGACAGGCAGCAUGCCUCACGGAUCUGGAUUCUCAUCACACUUUCGUCAGACGAGCCAAGACCAACGGCCACCGUCGUCCGGGAGGAAUGCCACCGGGCAAGAAGAUCGUGAUCUGGCGGCGGCAGUCGAGCUUCUCAGCUGCAGCUUCAACAGCAACAACGGCCGGACCGUGCAACUCCCAGCCGACGCCCCUCCUGUGCCUCCGCUACCUGCGCAGUAUCUCGACCAGGCGGCAUCUUUCUCGAGCGCAGCAGGGUUCAGCGCCGGCUUCAGCGCCGGUUUCCUCAACAGCUUCCCCAGCAGACAGCCAGAGAGCUUCACACGUGGCGAGCUCCGCAACGCUGAUGUCAAGAUGGAAGACAGCGACAGCGUGAUGGACGAUGACGACUUUGACCGUCGAUCGCGAUCUCGGAGCGACGAAGACGACGACGGCGUCUUCGGACGGAUGGAAGAGUAGAAUGCUUCGAUGCGACAGUUGAUGCCGACGAUAUCUGAGGAUAUGAGUACAUGACGGUGGAGGGGAGAGAAGGGGAGGGCUGUGUUUCUUUUGUACCACCAUAUACUAAACCCUGUAAAUGAGGUGGUUCCGUCUCCGCCGCCGAUCUCUCAGCACCAAGGAGUGGAGGGCCCGAUGUUGCAUCAUAAGCCUGGCCAGACAAGGCAGGUCGAUGGGAUGGAUCGAGAUUGCAACUCCACGAGGUUGAAGUGAGAGACGAAGAGGGCGUCGAGCGAACGCCCAAACCUAUGACACUGAUGGAUCCUGCGAGACAAAUGAGUGCGAUGCCUCGAGAAGAGGGCCGCGACGCUCUUUUGCUUGGUUUGAGGCCAGCAUAUAACGAAUUUAAGA